AUGAAACCUUCAUCACCAAUGUCAUUCACUUCUUCUUCCCUUCCAAGAAAAACUCGUCUCUCUCCUUACCUCUUCACACUCUUAGCCUUCAUCCUCUUCGUCUGUGUUCUCUAUGGUGAAGACUUCAUGUGCAUCUUUGGCCAGCUUGAGCCCACUUUUAACCUCCAACCUUCUCCAAAACCUAGUAACAAGAAACCAGAGAAGCUUGCGUUUGCCAUAGGCAAAACAGAGGAAAACUGCGACGUAUUCAGUGGGAAAUGGGUGAGAGAUGAAGUUUCCCGACCACAGUACGAGGAAUGGGAGUGUCCUUACAUUCAACCUCAGCUUACGUGUCAAGAACGCGGCCGUCCCGACAAAGAUUACCAGUUCUGGCGGUGGCAACCUAAUCACUGCGACCUUCCCUCGUUCAACGCCACGCUAAUGUUGGAAACAUUGAGAGGGAAGAGGAUGAUGUACGUAGGAGACUCGUUAAACCGUGGAAUGUUUGUAUCAAUGAUCUGUCUUCUUCAUCGUGUUAUCCCUAAUGAUCAAAGAUCCAUUAAAACUUCUGGUUCACUCACUGUCUUCACUGCCAAGGAGUAUAACGCGACGAUAGAGUUCUACUGGGCACCGUUUCUUCUAGAAUCGAACUCAGAUGAUGCAAUUGUUCAUAGAGUAUCAGAUAGGGUUGUGAGGAAAGGGUCAAUCAACAAACAUGGUCGUCAUUGGAAAGGCGUUGAUAUAGUUGUUUUCAAUACUUAUCUAUGGUGGAUGACUGGCUUGAAGAUGAAAAUAUUGCAAGGAUCAUUUGAAGAUAAAGAGAAGGUUAUCACAGAGGUUUCAACUGAAGAUGCGUAUAGGAUGGGGAUGAAGAGUAUGCUGAGAUGGGUGAAGAACAAUAUGGAUCGCAAGAAAACUAGGGUUUUCUUCACAAGCAUGUCACCAACUCAUGCCAAGGGCAUAGAUUGGGGAGCUGAACCGGGACAAAACUGCUAUAAUCAGACAACGCUCAUAGAAGAUCCAAACUACUGGGGAUCAGACUGUCGGAAAAGCAUAAUGAAAGUGAUUGGAGAUGUGUUUGGGAGAUCGAAAACACCGAUAACGUUCCUGAACAUAACGCAGAUGUCGAACUAUAGGAAAGAUGCGCACACUUCGAUAUACAAGAAGCAGUGGAGUCCACUUACGUCGGAGCAGAUAGCGAAUCCGACGAGCUAUGCGGAUUGUGUGCACUGGUGCUUGCCUGGCCUUCAAGAUACUUGGAAUGAGCUUCUCUUUGCUAAACUUUUCUAUCCUUGA